AUGUAUAACUUGUAUAAAAAUAUUUUAAAUAAACCAGUAAAGAUAUUACCUAAAUGUAAUAUUACAAAUAUUAAUAAUAAUAAUAAUAAUGGCUUUUAUAUAAAAUCAUUUUUCAGUACAAAUAACAACCCAAAAACUCCAUCUGAAAAAGAAAAGUUCUAUUCAUUAUCACAAUUUCCAUAUCCAUCAGGAAAUUUACAUAUGGGACAUGUUAGAGUUUAUUCAAUAUCAGAUUGUAUUGCAAGAUUAAAAAGAAUGCAAGGGUAUGAUGUUAUUCACCCAAUGGGAUGGGAUGCUUUUGGGUUACCAGCAGAGAAUGCAGCUAUAGAUAAAAAAGUAUCACCAAGUUAUUGGACCAAUUUAAAUAUCAAUACUAUGAAGGAUCAAUUAAAACGUUUAGAUUUACAUUUCGAUUGGGAUCGUGAAUUAAGCACUUGUAAUAAAGACUACUAUCGUUGGACUCAAGAUAUAUUUUUAAAACUUUUUAAAAGUGGGUUAGCAUACAGAAAGAGUGCCACUGUUAACUGGGAUCCAAUUGAUCAAACUGUGUUAGCAAAUGAACAAGUUGACGCUCAAGGUAGAUCUUGGAGAUCGAACGCUAUCGUAGAAAAGAAGGAAAUGAAGCAAUGGUUCUUUAAAAUUACAGCUAUGGCUGAUAGAUUACAUGAUGAUUUAGAUACUUUACCAGGCUGGUCCGAUGAAAUUAAAAAUAUGCAAAAAGAAUGGAUUGGAAGAUCACACGGUCAUUUAAUUACUUUUAAAUUCAUUAAACCUUCAAAUAGUGGCGCUAAUUUAGAGCCACUUUCAGAUAUUACAGUUUUUACAACUAGAGCCGAAACUAUAUUUGGUGCAUCAUUUGUUUCAAUUUCACCACAACAUAAAGAAGUAGAGAUCAUUAAAAAAUACCUUUCAAAAGAUAGACUUGCAGAGUUUGAAGACUAUUUAGCUAAAGUUGAAGAAUUAAAGAAAAAGAAUGGCUUUGAAGAAGAUGAAAAGAACUUGAUGGCAUUCAAUACAGGUUUAACUUUAUUACAACCAAUUACAAAUAAUCAAGUACCUUUAGUAUUUUCAAACUUUGUUCAUGCUGAUUAUGGAACAGGUGCAGUUAUGGGUGUUCCAUCACACAAUCGUGCUGAUAAUCAAGUUGCAAAACAAUUAAGUUUACCACUUUUUAAUGUAAUUGAACCACCUUCUGGAAAGACUUUAGAAGAAUUGGGUGACUGUUACGAUGAAUCCUCUGGAUAUCUUAUUAACAGUGGUGAAUUCACAGGUAAAUCAUUUAAAGAAUUUAUUUCACAUAUGGAAUCAAAAGAAUUAGUUCAGAAACAAACAAAUUAUCGUAUCCAUGAUUGGUUAAUUUCAAGACAAAGAUAUUGGGGUACACCAAUUCCAAUUAUUAUUUGUGAAAAGUGUGGUGAUGUACCAGUACCAGAGAGCGAAUUACCAGUAGUCUUACCAACAGAUAUUGAAUUCACAGGUAAGGGAAAUCUUUUAAAUCAACUCGAAGAUUGGAAAAAAGUUAAAUGUCCAUGUUGCGGCAACUCUAAUGCUACAAGAGAAACCGAUACUAUGGAUACUUUUGUUGACUCAUCAUGGUAUUACCUCCGUUUCCUCGAUAAUAAGAACGAUAAUGCUAUGUUUAAACCAGAGAUUGUAAAUAAAUAUAUGCCUGUAGAUGUUUAUGUUGGUGGUAUUGAACAUGCUAUUCUUCAUCUCUUAUAUUCACGUUUCUUUACCAAAUUCUUAAAAGAUCAAGAUUUAAUUCAACACUCUGAACCAUUCAAAGUACUUUUAGCUCAAGGUCUUGUUAAAUCACCAACCUAUCGUGAUGAAGUAACUAAUAAACCAAUUCAUCCAAAUGAUUUAGAAUGGGUCAAAGGUUCAAAGCAACCAAUCAACAAGUUAACAGGUAAUAAAGUCAACAUUACAAUUGAAAAAAUGUCAAAAUCUAAAUUAAAUGGUAUUGAUCCAAAUGAAAUGAUCGAUAAAUAUGGUUCAGAUACAUUAAAAUCAUAUAUCCUUUUCAAAGCUCCACCACAAAACUCAUUAGAUUGGGAUAGCGAUGGUAUCGAAGGUUGUAGAAAAUGGUUAAAGAGAGUAGAAUCCUUAACCACUCAAUUUGUAGAAGAAUUUAGUUUAGAAUCACCAAUUACCCAAGAUAAAUUCACAGAUAAACAAAAGAAAGAAUUAAAAGAAAUGGAAUUUGAAGCUCAUUCAACUAUUGACCGUGUUACAGAAUCAAUUGAUAAACAUUCAUUCAAUACAGGUAUCUCAGCAUUAAUGCAACUUUCAAAUACUUUACAAAAAAUACAAUUAAAAUCAACAAAAGAAUAUUACAGCUGUUUAAGACUUUUAAAUCUCUUACUUUUCCCAUAUGCUCCAAAAUAUUCAGAAAUAAAUUGGAAAUUAUUAAUUGACGAUAUUAAGAAUAAAGACUAUGGAGUAGGUCUCGAAGAACAAUCAUGCGGUAGUUCAAAUGACUCUAACAUACAUAACCAAAAAUGGCCAAAACCCUCCUCAAAAGCUUUAACAAGAGAUUCAAUUUCUUUAGUUGUCCAAUUCGAUGGUAAAACAAGAGGACUUUUAGAGGAUAUCCCAGUUAGUGUAACUGAUUUUGAAUCAUUAGUAAAAGAAUCCUCAAAAUUCUCCAAUAGAUUUACUGAUAAAACUGUUGAUAAAGUUUUCAUUGGUCAAACAAAAACUGGUUUUUCAAUUAACUUUAUUUUUAAAAAAUAAAUAAUAAAUUUGUACAAAUUUAAUAUAUACAC